AUGUUAACAUCAGUAUUGCGAGUGUCUGUAUAUGUGAUUAUAGUUUUGCCUGUUCUAGAAGUGUAUUCGAAAAGUGCAGACAAGAAUGUAGGCGUCCAUUAUAAAUCAAAUGAUAAAGUAGGAAUAAAAUAUUAUACAGGUCAUCUCCACAAACAAGAUAAACCAUGCGACGUGUGUCCUCGGCACGGCAGCUGCGUCCCCAGGGUCCAGUGUCCAGCGCACCUGAGACCCAACUCCUACAACCCUGAGUGUCACCUGGAGAAGACUGAUGGGGUGGGAGUGUGCUGUUUUACUGGUAGCAAUCAUGCAGCGGAGUCAGAACUGAAGAUCCGUGCAGCCGUGGCAAUGAACGCGGAGGAUGUGAAGUCAGCCCAUCAUCAGUCCCGCCAGAAGCUAGAACAGUGGAUGAGCAGAGCAGACAAAUUAUUGGCGCAUAGAGAUGUGCUGGUCAAUGAGACUGCGCCAAGUUUUGCCCACCAUUUGUCAGUCAUGACGUCAGAUGAGCGAGCUGAGAAGUUGGGCCUCGGCGGGCUGCUCAAUCUGUUCGCUGCGCAGGAGUUGAAGUCGCGACAGGCGAUAUCUGACGACCAACUGUCUCUGGGACUCACUGAGCAUACGGAUGGACCGUUCUGUCCACCACCAAUGUCCUGCCCUACGCCUGCUAGCCGAUACAGAAGUAUUGGUGGUGAAUGUAACAACGCCGUCCAUACUAACUGGGGAGCCAUACAUUCUGGUUACGAGAGACUGCUGCCACCUGACUACAGUGAUGGUACUUGGGCAAUGCGGGUCUCCACAAUUGGUCAACCGCUCCCGAGCGCGCGUACUGUCAGUGCAGCCCUAAUAUUAGACGCCAGUCAUCCUAGUCACACACACAACCUCAUAUUCAUGCAGUUUGGGCAGUUCAUUGCCCAUGAUACCACAGCGGGCGUCAUCUUCACUAUUGGUAAUGGCAGCGCCAUAUCAUGCUGCUCCGGCGAUGGCGAGGCCUUCUUGCCUACAGAACUUCAGCACUGGGCUUGUGCUCCCAUCACUGCUGAUCCUGCCGAUGAUUUCUAUGGUCAAUUUCGUCAUCAAUGUCUGAACUUCGUUAGGACUCAAUUGGCCCCGGCAAGCGACUGUUCCGUUGGUUAUGCAAAGCAGAUGAAUGGUGCAACUCACUUCCCUGAUUUGUCUCACCUGUAUGGGAGCUCUGAGGAUAAGUUCAGACUACUACGGGCUCCCGGUGGAUUAAUGAACACAUUCAAUGAUUACGGAAGGGAACUGCCUCCUCUCACAGAAAGAAAGGAAUGUCUCUCGUCUAAAGAGGGUGCUGCUUGUUUUGAAUCAGGAGACAGCCAUGGCAACCAAAUAAUCUCAUUAACGGUCUUUCAUGCAUUAUGGACGAGAGAACACAAUCGGGUGGCGCGAGCUCUCGGAAGACUCAACCCAAACUGGAGUGAAGACGUCAUAUUUCUGGAGGCAAGGCGUAUACUGCAAGCCGAGUAUCAGCAUAUCAUUUACAAUGAAUACUUACCUUUGCUUCUAGGACCUGAGCUGGUUCAAGUAUUUCGUCUGUCACCAUCUUUGGGAUAUGCCUCGUGUUACGACCCCAACGUGAAUCCAUCUCUCACUGCAGAGUUUGCGACCGCUGCUAUGAGAUUCGGACAUUCCGUUGUAGACAAUAAUAUUAUGAUACCAAACUCGAAGACUGGGGCUGUUUACGAAACUAUAUUCAUACCAGAGGUGAUGUUCCAGCCGGCCAGGAUGAGGCUCAAGCAGUUCCUAGACCGGUUACUGAUCGGCCUCACUUGGCAGCCGAUGCAGUCUGUCGAUCCAUUUGUCACUGAAGGGUUAACACGAUACCUGUUCCAUGGGGGAAAUCCGUUCGGUUUGGACUUAGCAUCCAUCAAUAUCCAACGAGGUCGAGAUUACGGCAUUCGAUCUUACAACGAGUACAGGAGACUUUGUGGUCUGGAGCCGUAUGUGGACUUCAAGCAGUUCUCACCCAGUGCUGCGCAAAGGCUUUCGUCUGUAUAUUCAAAUCCUGAAGAUAUAGAUCUUUGGGUGGGCGGACUUCUGGAAGGAGAAGUGGAUGGGGGCGUGGUAGGUCCUACUUUCGCCUACAUUUUGGCUGAUCAAUUCAACAGAAUCAAGAGAGGCGAUAAGUAUUUUUAUGAGAAUGGACCUGAUGUAAACCCGGGGGCAUUUACACCAAGUCAAUUAGCGGAGAUUAAAAAGGUGACAUUGUCUCGAAUAAUCUGCGACAACCGAGAUGGAAUCGAGUUAGUAGCACAACCACCUAACGCUUUCUUAAGAGGCGAUCUACCUGGGAAUGAAGCUGUGCCCUGUGAUAGUCCUCUCAUCCCAGCUAUGGAUCUAAGUAGAUUUAAGGAAAUUUAA